AUGGAUCUCUCCCAUCAUCUGAUGGGCGGCGGCAUCAUGGACGGCGGCACCAUGGACGGCGAUGUCAUGGAUACCACAGAGAUGGACACUUUUAUCACCUUCUUUCCGGCAAGAAGUCAUUCCAUUGGCUCAAAAGGCGCAGACCAUCUUCCAUACUCGACAUCUCAGACUGGCCUGGUCUACGACGUGCGAAUGCGCUUCCAUGUCGAGGUGCGCCCAGAAGUUAACCAAGGUGUACAUCCGGAAGAUCCCAGACGAAUCUAUGCGAUAUACAAGGAGCUAGUCGACGCGGGCUUAGUUGACGAUCCCAACACGGAAGUAUGCGCGGUACAUACGGAGCGACACUAUGACUGGGUCAUCAGCCUAGAGGAGUGGGAUAACGACCUUCUCCACGACGCUGGUCAACAGAUGGACAGUAUUUACCUGUCCAAGAACUCUCCUAUGUGCGCAAGACUUUCAGCUGGAGGUGCGAUAGAAGCAUGUCGAGGAAUUUUGAACGGCCACGUCAAGAACGCCGUGGCGGUCAUCCGUCCUCCAGGACAUCACGCCGAGCACGACGAACCGAUGGGAUUCUGUCUUUUCAACAAUGUGCCUAUCGCGGUCAAGGCUUGUCAGAGUGAGUUCGGAGACAAAUGCCGCAAGGUUCUUAUCCUUGAUUGGGAUGUACAUCAUGGCAACGGUGUGCAACAGGCCUUCUACAACGACCCCAAUGUGCUUUACAUCUCUCUUCAUGUCCACCAAGGAGGUAAAUUCUACCCUGCUGGACCCGCUGGAGACCAUCUGCACUGCGGCGAAGGAGCCGGUCUCGGAAAAAACGUCAACAUUCCGUGGAGGACAGCCGGUAUGACAGAUGCCGACUAUCUUCUUGCAUUUCAGAGGAUUGUCAUGCCCAUCGCACAAGAUUUCGACCCCGAUCUGGUGGUUGUCUCUGCCGGCUUCGAUGCUGCGGAGGGUGACAUGUUGGGCAAAUGCCAUGUCUCACCUGCUGGCUAUGGCCACAUGACACGCAUGCUCAUGUCGCUGGCUGAUGGAAAAGUUGCUGUGUGUCUCGAAGGAGGAUACAACCUUCGAUCCAUCGCGAUCUCCGCCCUUGCAGUUACUCGUACGUUGAUGGGCGAGCCGCCAGGCAGAGUUGUCACCACAGUGCCGACACCUUCUGGCGUGGACACGGUCGAAGAAGUUCUUCGCCAGCAAGCAAAUUACUGGCCGUGUCUGUUUCCUAAAAACCCUUCUCAACGUCUCAAGAAAUUGGGAAGCGAGAGAAUGCACGACAUCCAAUACACGCAAUGGGCAGUUGAAAGAGGAAUUGCCGUCAUCGACAUAAACAUUCCCAAACAUGUCACGGAGGUCGAAGAAGAUCAUAUAUUCGCUGCUGAAGCAAACCCACAAGAGAGAAGCGAGGAGACGGAGUUGCUUGCGAAAUACUUGUGGGACAACUACAUUGACGAAUCGAACCAGAUCUUCUUCAUGGGCAUCGGUCAAGCCUACUCAAGCCUGGUCGGAUUCCUGAAGAAGAAUGACAGAUGCAGAGACAGACUUUGCAAGAUCAUCGGCUUCAUAUCCGAUUCGUGCGGUCUACCAUCCUACAGAUCUACAACAGACGAUUACCUGGAUCGAUGGUACAAGCAGGUGUCGAGGAUCUUCGUGGCUGAAGAUCACUAUGUGUGGGAGCGGAACAAGGCGAAGAACCCAUCUAAGAAGUGGGGCUCGUUGCAGAAGAGCGACCACAACGACAUGCAAGAGAUGUUGGCGUAUCAUCACAAGGAAGUCACGGGUAUGCUGGAUGUCGAGAUCCAACGGAAGCAACAGAAGCAGUUGUCAGACGCACCGGUAGCAGGCGCCAGUGAAGGAGAGAUGUAG